AAUGUUUAAUGUCAUGUUUAAAACUGAAAGAAAUUAAUCAAAUCUGUGAUAAUAAUAACAAUUGUAAAAGAAGGUCCGGCUGCAUACAUGUACUCCUAAAGAAAAGAAACAAUAGAAACAAAAAAGAACCACGAACAGUUGAAAGUUGAGCGUGAGUUUCUCCGUGACAUAAUGACAUGCAUAUUGUAUUUUAUUGUAUGCCGCUGCCUGAAUCUUUUGCCGUCCGUCCCGGCCGAUGUGUCGAUCUUGUCGACCGACAGGGCAAGAGCGGAGCACGUAAACAGCACGGUCGCCGCCGUCAGCACCGAAAGGAGCGUCAAUGCUACCUGCUCAGAUCAAGAGUCCGGGCUCACGUUUUACCUCAGUAUUUAUUCAGGUCUGACAGCAGCUGCCGUUGUCUUUGGCUACUCCAGGAGUUUAGUGAUCUUUCACGGGCUGGUGCGAUCGGCUCAGGCUCUGCACAACAGCAUGUUCAGUGCCGUGAUCCGAACGCCCGUUCGCUUCUUUGACGUCAACCCCAUCGGAAGAAUUCUGAACAGGUUUUCCAAAGACAUCAGCCAAAUGGACUCCAUGUUACCCAUCACCUUCGUGGACUUUUAUCAGCUGUUUUUACAGAACGUCGGCGUGGUUGCGGUGGCGGCCUCGGUCAUCCCUCUCAUCCUCGUUCCUGUCGUCCCUCUGCUUUUCGUCUUCCUGUACUUGAGGCACUUUUACCUCCGCACAUCACGAGAUGUCAAACGCCUAGAAUCGAUAACUCGGAGUCCGGUGUUCUCCCACCUGUCUUCGUCUCUUCAGGGCCUGUGGACGAUCCGAGCCCUCGGCGCGGAGGACAGGUUAAAGAAGGCCUUUGAUGCACAUCAGGACCUGCAUUCAGAGGCGUGGUUUUUGUUCCUGAUGACCUCCCGCUGGUUUGCAUUUCACCUCGACAGCAUUUGCUCCAUAUUUGUCACCUUCACAACAUUUGGCUGCAUCCUGCUCAGAGACGGGCUCAAGGCUGGAGAGGUGGGCCUGGUGCUGACCUACGCCGUGACACUCGUGGGAAACUUCCAGUGGACGGUGAGGCAAAGUGCCGAGGUGGAGAACAUGAUGACGUCAGUGGAGAGAGUGGUGGAGUACACGGAGCUGGAGAGCGAAGCGCCGUGGAAAACUCACAAUCGUCCUCCUCCCAACUGGCCCAGCAAAGGCCUGGUGACCUUUGACCGGGUGAACUUCUCCUACAGCAGCGACGGACCGCCAGUCCUCAGAAACAUCAGCGCCACCUUCCAGCCCAACGAGAAGGUCGGCGUCGUAGGCAGAACAGGUGCCGGGAAAAGCUCUCUGGUCUCCGCUCUUUUCCGCCUGGCCGAGCCGCAGGGGAAGAUCUACAUCGACGGCGUGUCGACGUCCGAGAUCGGCCUCCACGACCUGCGCCAGAAGAUGUCCAUCAUCCCUCAGGACCCGGUGCUGUUUACCGACACAGUGAGGAAGAACUUGGACCCUUUCAAUCAGCACACCGAUGGAGACCUGUGGAGGGCUCUAGAGGAGGUGCAGCUCAAGUCUGCGGUGGAGGAGCUGCCCGGG